AUGGGAGAACAGCUCAAACAUGAGGACAAAGUGGAGAGCACGUUAUCAUUGUGUAAUUCGGACACAGUAAAGAACAGCAGUACGGUAACACAGUCUUGUGAUAUUAUAGCAACUACAGCAGCUGUGCCAUCAACAGAUUCAGGCGUCAAAUUACAAAUGGGAGAACAGCUCAAACAUGAGGACAAAGUGGAGAGCACGUUAUCAUUGUGUAAUUCGAGUACCGUUGAAAAAUUAGAUAAAAUUACGCUUGCAUUGGUUGGUAAAGUGGGAAAUGGAAAAAGUUCAUCUGCCAACUCUAUUUUAGGACAAAACCUUUUUGAAAGCAGUAAUAGUGCAAGUUCAUGCACUUAUUUAACCACGGCCAAACACGUUAUACAUGGACAUUAUGAGAUCAAAGUAGUUGAUACCCCCGGAGUUAUGGAUCUAGAUGAUAAACAAGAAAUAGCUAACCUUGCAUCACAGCUUCCUGGGAUGAUGAGCGUCUGCCCGAAAGGUGUUCACGCAAUGCUUUUGGUUUUACACUUUGGAACUAGGUAUACUAAAGAAGAUAGGCAAGCUGUAUCUUAUAUCAAGCAGAUUUUUGGAGAAACGAUUUUUAGAGAUCAUGGUAUAAUCAUUAUGACACACGGAGAAGAUUUUGAUAUGGACAACAAUGACGAAGAUACCACACCAAUAACAUUUGAAACGUGGUGCAAAAAUCAAAAAGGACCGAUUGAGGAAUUGUUUAAAGAAUGUGACAACAGAAUUGUCCUUUUUUAUAACAGAAAUAAAAAAAAAAAACCAGAUGCUGUAAAACAGCUUUUAAAUAUUGCUUUUGAAAUCGGUAAAAAGGGCGCUUACUGUAACGAGCAAUUUUUAAAAUGCGCAGAAGAAAGAAACCGCUUAAUUUUAAAAUAUAAGUUACCAGAACUUAAUUUAGAGUUUCAACGUAAAGUUGGUUACCUGAUGAAAGAAAUUAACUAUUGUUCUAAGUCGAAAAGUAUGACAGAGAUGCAGUUGGUUAAUCUAAAGACACAAUGCACAUCUUUGUUUGAUGAAAUGAAUAAAAUUUCACAAGAUCCAAAUAUAAUGAAAAAUUUAAAAGAUAAUGUAGUAACCAUUGAAAGGUUGUUAAAAGAAAUCAAUUUGAAGGAUCCAAUCGAAAAGCAGAUAAAACCUAUUGAAAACAUAUUGGAUAAAAUUUUCAAUCCGCCUAUGUCUGUAGACAUCGGGGCUGCAAUAGCGGGCUGUGUCUUACUUGCUUCUGGCGCAGCCGUAACUGUUCUAACUGGAGGCGCUGCCCCGGCUGCAGCUAUCAUAGCUGCAGAAGUAUUUUCUUGGACCGGUGCCGUUGGAACGGGUAUUAGUUUUGGCAAAUUACUAGGUAAAUUAAUAAUUAAACUUCAAAACCGCUAA